AUGACCUCUCAUUCUUACAAAGCGCACUUUCACAGUGCAGUCGCCGCUGCUGUCGGCACUGCUGUCAUACACGCCGCACACCUUGCCAUUACCGAGUGGACGAACCGGACGAAAAGGCCCGGGAAGCCAUCGGCGAACUGGCCAUGGAGAGUGACACUUUCCAUGUUUGUUGUUCUCGCUUUUACUUUAAUUAUAUUUUGUGCCGUUAAGGAGUCGGAUGUUGGAGUUACCAUAUUGGAUGCUGUUUCCGUGGCGCAUGUCGUCGUCGUCGAGCACUACAUCGUCUCCGUCCUCACCGAUGCACCCAUCGACUCCAACCCCAAACGGUGCUAUCGCCUCGCCACAGCCCUCCAAAUCAUCUUCGCCGGCUUCGGCCUCUGGCAACUCUCCCAAGGCUUCGGUCUCUACUACGACGCCCCCCUCAUCUCGCGGGCCAUGUUCGCCUCCAUCGCGACCUACCUAGCCUUCCACAUGCGCCAAUCCAAAGCGCACAUGUACCUCAUGGCAGCAUGGUCCAUCUACGCCAUCGUCAGCACCUUCACGUCCCUUGCCAUCCUCAUCGUCAACGUCGUAUACUGGACGCGCGGGCGUGAGCACCUCGAGAACCACGCGCUGGCGCAGUGCGUUCUCGGUUGGCUCGAUAGCGUCGUCAUGGUUGCUGCGCCGUGGGUGUUUAAGAGGAUCGUCGGCCAGGCGGCGAUGAACCAUGGGACGACGACGACGAAUGGGACACUGACAAGGAAUCAGAGGGGGUCAGUGGCGUCGACGAUUGGCGGCGAGAGUGUUAUUUCGACGCCCAGUUCGGCGAGGAUUUCGGAUGGGACGUUGGUGGAUUUGGAAGGGAGGGACGUCAUUGUUCUUUUUGGAAAGGAUCGGUCGACGUCGGAUUUGAAGGGCUUCGAAGAUGGGGCGAAGAAGGUAGGGAAUGGGUCUGCGGAUGGAAAUGUGUAA